AUGGCUGGGCGCGCGUUCGCCGUCCUGCUGCUCUGCGCGGCCCGGUGCGCCGGCGCCGGCGUCGACAUCAGCUUCGAGGUGAACGACCUCUCGGUCGCCGGCGACGAGUUCGUCGUCAGGCUGAGUAUAGAUCGAGAGCGCCUCGUAGUCGAUGACGACGUCGCCGCGCUCGUGCGGGACGGGCUGCGCCGCGUGGUGGCGGGUCGGAUCUCCGACGACCACGUCGCGACGCUGGUGCCCGCGGCGCUCGCCGAGGCGCGCGACGUCGCGGCGGCCCAGGUUGCGGCCGAGGCGCCGAUCCGGGCGCUGCUGACGCCGACCGCGGCCGUCGGCGCGGCGUUCCGCUGGGGCGACCGCGCGGACGGCCUCGCGGCCCACGUGGCGUUCGCAGUCCGCGCGGCGCGGCGCGGGCUCUCGGCGCUGACGGCGCCGGACUACCGGGGCGCGCUGGACAUCGUGGGCAUGUCGGACGCCUACGGCCGGCACCUCCUCAACAACCUGCUGAACGCCGCCGGCUCGCGGUACUUGGAGAUCGGCACCUUCAAAGGGAGCACGCUCGUCGCCGCGAAGCGCCCGCGCCAAAAUCAAAUCUUCAAGGCGCUGGCCGGCAACGAAUUUCAGGUCGACCGCGCGCUGGCGGUCGACUCGUACGCGUUCGGCGGCGACGCGACGUUCGUCGGGGACAUCAGACAGUCGGGCGCCGAGGUGCGCGACGAGGCGCUCGCGAACCUGGAGACGUUCCUCGACCCGCGCGCGGCGGACCGCCGGGAGCUGCGCGUCGCCGACUGCUUUUCCGUGGACGCGGCGACGAUCGGGCGCUUCAACGUGUACCUCUACGACGGCGACCACGAGUACGACGACCAGUUCCGCGCGUUCACGCACUUCGACGAAGCCCUCGAGGACGUCUUCGUGGCGCUCGUCGACGACUGGAACCACGAGCCCGUCCGCCUGGGCACGCGAGACGCGUUCGCUCGACUCGGCUACGACGUCGUCUACGGCGAGGUGCUGGGGGGCGGGCGCGCGAACGGCGCAUCCAUCAACGAGCACAGCGUGCUCAAGUUGCCGAACCCGUGGUGGAACGGGCUCUACGUCGCGGUCGUCCGGAAGAUGAAGGCGCACGCGGAAUUAUAUAUGU